AAACCUCCAGGAAAAUAAGUCUCCCCUCGCGUAAUCACGUAGUCCUUCGCCGCAUUGGGGCAAAGUAAUCCCUUCAUUUUCCUGAAGGUACUGGGAAUAAUAUUUCAUUCUUUUCCACACCGGAACAAUUUUAAAUGUUACUACGAUAAGAGAAGUUACCUAUGGGAAAGUGGCUAAGCGACUAGGUAAAGAGAAAGAAAGGACAUGAAAAUGAAGUGCUGCGGAGGAAUUUUUGUCAAGCUGUGAGACGACGAAUGCGGAGAGCGAAGGCGAUAGAGAGGGGCUGAGGGAAUUGUCCUCCGUGCAGGGGGCUUGCUUUAGGCCCCGGGACCCUGCCUGCCCCUGUCGUCCGCAGAGAGAUGGAAAGCUUGAUGCCUAGUUCUACCCUGCCAGCCCUUUUUGCAGAUGAAGAUGGCUCCAAGGAGAGUAAUGACUUGGCUACAACUGGGUUAACCCACCCAGAGGUUCCGUACAGUAGUGCCACUGCAUCAUCCACCAACAAUCCGGAGUUUGUGGAGGAUCUCUCCCAAGGUCAGCUGCUUCAGAAUGAGUCUUCAAAUACAGCAGAAGGCAAUGAACAGAGGCAUGAAGAUGAGCAAAGAAGUAAACGAGGAGGUUGGUCCAAAGGAAGAAAGAGAAAGAAACCUCUUCGAGACAGCAAUGCACCCAAAUCCCCCCUUACAGGAUAUGUUCGGUUCAUGAAUGAGCGUCGUGAACAGCUUCGUGCAAAGAGACCAGAAGUCCCAUUUCCAGAGAUCACAAGGAUGUUAGGCAAUGAAUGGAGUAAACUGCCUCCUGAGGAAAAACAACGCUAUCUUGAUGAAGCAGACAGAGAUAAGGAGCGUUACAUGAAGGAACUGGAGCAGUAUCAGAAAACUGAGGCCUAUAAGGUCUUCAGUAGGAAAACCCAGGACCGCCAGAAAGGCAAAUCUCAUAGGCAAGAUGCAGCUCGACAGGCCACUCACGAUCACGAGAAAGAAACAGAGGUAAAGGAGCGGUCUGUUUUUGACAUCCCUAUAUUUACAGAGGAAUUCCUGAACCACAGCAAAGCUCGGGAGGCAGAGCUUCGCCAGCUUCGCAAAUCCAACAUGGAGUUUGAGGAGAGGAAUGCAGCCUUGCAGAAGCAUGUGGAGAGCAUGCGCACAGCAGUGGAGAAGCUGGAGGUGGAUGUGAUCCAGGAGCGGAGCCGCAACACGGUCUUACAGCAGCACCUGGAGACCCUACGGCAGGUGUUGACCAGCAGCUUUGCCAGCAUGCCCUUGCCUGGAAGUGGAGAGACACCGACAGUGGACACCAUUGACUCAUAUAUGAACAGACUGCACAGUAUUAUUUUAGCUAAUCCCCAAGACAAUGAAAACUUCAUAGCUACAGUUCGAGAAGUUGUCAACAGGCUUGAUCGUUAGUGAAUGGUCUUAGAGCUCCAAGAUGUUCUGUAAGUGUUUUUAUUUGUGAGGAAUGAGAAGCCAUCCAUGGAAAUUGGAACUGAAUGGGGGCAGAGACAGAGUACAGAUCCCUUUGCCUGUGAAAGAAUUAUCAGUGAGUGACAUGCCUACACCCCAGGAAGCCAUAUGAGGGAGAGCAGAAGGGACACAUAUAUGGUAUAUGAACUUCCUAUGGAACUGUCCUUGUGUGAAGCUUUGAAAGUGUACCGUCACUCUCCCAGGUCUUCGGUUUCCUGUCAUUUCCACGUCUCUUAAAGUGGAUCUGCAUAUAACAGCUGACUAGGUGACCCUGAGGCUGACAUCCACUGCAGAAAGGAAGACUUCUCAUGGUUGCAGUUUUGAUUGGACCCUUUUAUCAGUGGAGCUCCCGUUUUCUUACCUAGCUGUCAUGUUUUUUAAAUGCCUUUGGGGCUUAUUUUUUGCUAGCCCCCACCAAGUUAUACAUCUCCAUUUUUCUCACCUCUGGGCUUUGUUGCUCAGCAGGGUUCUGAAGGAGAGUCUCUCUCAUUGGACAGGCCCAGUCUUCUCCCAUCAUUGUCCUGCUGUGACUCCAAAGAAAGGAGCUUCUUGUUGACAGUGCCCUGUGGAGGAAGGCUGUGUUUCCUAUCCACACGGUGCUCAGUGGGUGCCAGCCCUCUGAGUGGCUUUGUGAUUGCUGCCCUGAAGGAGAAUGCUCUUUCCUUCCUCCCUGGUACUGCCUGCUGUUUUCUAAGCAUCGCUCCUGCACAGACACGGAGUCCCAGCCCCAGCAAGGCUCUUCUGUUCCCAUCUGUUGGCACUGUCUUGUGGAGCAUUUUUGCAGAGGAAAGGUCACUAGUAAACAGAGGAGAAAAGGAAAGGGUAGUUUCUCAUUUGGUAUUUUUAAAAAGCCCAAAGUUUAAUGUAAGUGAAAACUGAGGGACUCCCUGUCUUCUUCAGGUGUAAUGAUUCAUGGAUAGGUAGAAACAUCACCCAGAAUAGUCUCUUGAGCUCACAGAAAGGGCACAGAAGAAUUCUGGUAUCUUUUGUCUCCUUCUGUAGCCAUUAACUCCUGAAUCUACAUGAAAAAGAUAGGUAUCCCUUCCUUCUCUCGCCUUAGUGAUUUUUUUUAAACAGCAAAGUGAAGAGGGGUUUCUGGUUCUUUCUGUGUGUUUUGUUUUGAGACGGGAUCUCUCCAUGUUGCCCAGGCUGCGGUGCAGUGGCUAUUCACAGGUGCGAUGAUAGCACACCACAGCCUUGAACUGGGCUCCAGUGAUCCUCCUGCCUCAGCCUCUUGAGCAUCUGGGACUACAGGUGCACACCACCACACCCAGCAGUUUCUGGUUCUUUUAACACCAAAAGGGAAGUGGGCUACGAUUCUCACCUCAGGGUUGUUGUGGGGUUAUUUCGAUUCUGGGGUUUUUUUGUUUUUGGUUUUUUGGGGGUUUUGAUGCCCUAGAGCACAAGGCCGAAGGUUGCCCCUGAGAUCUUUGGAACCAAAGCAGAGUGUGCCGAGCCCAUUGUCUAGGCACCAUGCCAUUGAAGGCAGAUAGACAGAAGUGUGACCCUUCUCGCAAUAUGCCCAAAAGUCAGGAUGUAAGGCAGAAACUCCCUGUCGUGUUUCUGCACUAUCCUAUCUUCUCAGUAUCUCCUUACCUGUUUUCUUUAUUAGUCCAAAAGGGGGAAAAGAAUCUUUUUUUAAAUGUCUUAUGUGAACACACAUCAAAUUUCCAUGCACUGAAGCCCAUAUACAACCACUUGGCAAUUUUAAGGCCCCAUCAUUACCUAGUGCUAUAAGCCUACCCAACUCUCCCACUUUUCUGUAUUUUCCUAUUUUCCUGCUUUCAUCUAUUCUUUCUGCCACUUCUUUUAGACUCCUUGCCUGCUAAGGCCUAGCUAGAACUCACUGUCUCUGGCAGAAGGACAUCCAAGGCCAGCUCUGGAAGUUUGUGUCUCCCUUCUGCCAGAUGCUUCCUGUCCUUUUGUCCUUCCUCUUAAUAUUUCUCUCUGUUUCUUUGUGUUCAAUUUUAUGCAGCUUCGUUAGCACUGCUUUUGUGACUGGGAAAAGCUGUAACUUGGUCCAAGAUAAUCAUUCUCCUGUCUCUAGGUAGGACACCUGACAAUGACUUGAAUCAUUUGCAUAUUCAGCAAUGCACAAGAUCUCAAGAGAGCCUACAAUAUGAAAUCAUUUUCACAAAAUAGCAGCUUGCUUUUGAAAUGCUGGCUCGCCCAGUAGCUACACAUCUGACUCUCUGGUGACUGGGCUUCAGCUGCCACAAGACCGUCAGGGUCUGUAGAGCAGGUCUGUGCUGCCUCCUCUCUCUGUGCUCAACGAGGAGGUGGUACUGAGGUUACAGACGAGCACAAUACCUAACUCAUGUUUCCCAAUACACUUGUAGAUGUUCCUGCACUUACAUGUUCUUCUCAAGAAAUAAGCUGUUGCCUAUUCAGUGUUACAGAUUUCUUUCUUUUUUAUUAAAACAUGGAGCAGCUGAGGAAAGGGAGACAAGGUGUUUUAUUUCUGACAAAUUUUAGAAAAAACUCGUGUACAUGUGUUUGGAACUGUUGAAAUGCCAAGUUUUCUGUACAAGUGUUUCUGUAAUUAAACGUUUAGAUUUUCUUUGUUUUUUAAGAAAUUGAUAUGCUUGCUUGACAUUUGUCCCAUUAAAACUUUUCUGUUGAAUUCA